AUGUGGAAGGCGUCAGACAAAUUGAUGGCCACCAUCAAAUACUAUGCAAGCUUCCCCGCAACGGGAGUGUCUCUCAGGCAGAUGGUGCAGUUUGGGGAGACGCCGUCGCCAGGCACUUUGUUUAGAGCUUCGCAGUUCCUGUCCGAGGAGCUCCCCAUCCGUUUAGCACACCGUGUCGAGGAAUUAAACCACCUGCCAGAUGGGCUCAAUGACAUGCCCUCCAUCAAGAAAGUGAAGGACUGGUAUGCGCAAUCAUUUGAGGAGAUUAUCAACGUCCCCAAACCGACUCUAAGCGAAGAAGUCAAAGCACACCUCCUCCGGCCCAUGCGCAAUCAUGGCAAAGAAUCCAAACCACUCAGCGAGACAACCUGGAACCCAAGCGUGCGGGAAGGCCAGUACCGCUCGUCUCCAACAACAAUCUCCUCCCCUCCUACACACGCCAACGGCCAAGAAUACGGCACAAUAAACGGAAAUGGCAAGGCGAAACUGACUUCGUCGCGGCGCUAUUUUGUGCCCUCAGACGAUUACACCGACUGGCCGCCGGAGAUUGACGCCUUUAACCAGCGAUUCAGAAAGACUCUCCAACAAAUCAAGCGGCGGCACGAUGGCGUAGUCACUACGGUUGCUCAGGGUAUUCUGGAGUAUAAACGGAAACGGCAACGACUGCAGAUUGAUUCAAGUAUACAGGCCUUUCUGGACCGAUUUUAUAUGUCGCGAAUCGGCAUCCGUAUGCUGAUCGGACAACACAUUGCAUUGACUGAGCAAACACACGCCCAUCACCCCAACUACGUGGGGAUCAUAUGCACAAAAACGAAUAUAUACGACGUAGCCAUGGAGGCUAUUGAAAACGCGCGAUUCGUGUGUGAAGACCAUUAUGGACUCUUCGAAGCACCGAAAGUACAGCUUAUCUGCAAGCCAGACCUGAAUUUCAUGUAUGUGCCAGGACAUUUGUCGCACAUGCUCUUUGAGACCUUGAAGAACUCGUUGCGCGCUGUGGUUGAAACUCACGGGCCCGAAAAGGAAGAGUUCCCCGUUACCAAGGUUAUUGUUGCAGAGGGCAGGGAGGACAUUACGAUUAAAAUCUCGGACGAAGGUGGCGGAAUCCCCCGGUCGUCGAUUCCAUUGGUCUGGACCUAUAUGUAUACAACGGUAGAUCAAACGCCGAUGCUCGAUCCGGAUUUUGAUAAGAGCGAUUUCAAGGCUCCCAUGGCCGGGUUUGGGUAUGGACUGCCUAUUAGUCGAUUAUAUGCGAGAUAUUUCGGUGGAGAUUUGAAACUAAUCAGUAUGGAGGGGCUCGCGGGAAAGGACGAAGACGAGACCAUCCCAAGGAUUGACGCUUAUGAAUGCACAGGCCCUGCGCCAGAGAUUGAGGACUAG